AGCCCAUACAAUCUAAAGCCAAAGCAAGCCCAUACCAAUAAAAUAAGCCCAGAACUUAUUAUUCGACUAAUAAUUACCCAGAUUUCUGCCUUUCAGGGGGAAAGAUGACCGCCCUGCUAAGAAUUGAACUCCACGUUGGAGGACACGUGUGGCACAGUUACGCAUCCAUCAUCCCAAACUCACCGCCACAAAUCCAGUCAGCUCUUACCUCUAUCGUCGCCCGUCGGUGCCGGCAAUUGCCAGAGCAACACGUGUCCGCCUCUGCUCUCCCGGGCGACGCGUGUCAAAUGUAGUUCUUCAAUUCCUCUAGCUUUAUAAAUCACAGAAGCCACUCAAGCAGCUUUCAUCACCAAAACAAAACGAACCGUCGUUUACAUCCUCAAGCAACAAAAACAAGACUCUUAAUUUGUUCAUCGUUCGGUAAUAAUUUUCCCGGCGAAAAGAGAUAAUGGCGUCGGACCAGCAGAAGAUGGAGAGAGCGGAGGCUGCCGCGUGGCAGGCGGCCAACGAUCUCAGGGACGUCAACCGGCAGAGAGAGUACAAGGAGUCAGCGGAAUCGAACAAGGCUCCGUCGUCAAUGGACAGGGACGAGUUCACCGGAUCCGGGGCACAGGACCGGCCGGGGCUAUUCGGAUCGAUGUUUCGUGCGGUGGCGGACACCGUCGGGCACACCAAGGACGCCGUGAUCGGCAAGGGCCAGGAAGCAGCUGAGAAGACGAAUUCAGCCGCGGAGACGGCAGGGGAAAUGGCGAGGGAGACGAAGGACGCCGCGGGGCAGAAGUUGGAGGCAGCUAAGGAGACGGCGAAGGGGAAGGCUGGGGAAGUAGCGGAGAAGGCCAAGGAUACAAAGGGGAAGGCGGCAGGGACUGUGGACAAGGUGGCUGAGCGGACGGCGGAGACGAUGGAUACCGAUUAUGCUGCACCGAUGGUAGAAUUGGACAGAGACGAUCGUCCGGCGGCGGGUGGUGAACGUCCAGGGGUGAUCGGAUCGAUGUUUCGUGCGGUUGCGGAUACAGUCGGCCACGCUAAAGAUGCGGUGGUCGGUAAGGGCCACGAGGCGGCAGAGAAGACGUACUCUGCUGCCGAAAUGGCAGGGGAGAAGGCGAAGGAGACGAAGGAUGCCACGGCGGAGAAGGCCAAGGAGACAGCGGAUGCGGCGGGGAGGAAAUUGGGUGAAACCAAGGAGUCUGCUAAGGCCAAGGCCGGAGAAGUGAUAGAUGCGGCUAGAGAGAAGAAGGAAGCUGCCAAGGAGAAGGCAGGGGAGUAUGCUGAUUAUGCUGCCAAUAAGGCAGGGGAGACUAAAGACGCAGCGAAGGGGAAAGCAGAGGAGUACACGAAUUACGCGGCGGAUAAGGCCAGGGAGGUCAAGGAUUCUACGGCGAACAAGGCGUGGGAAACGAAAGAAGCGGCGAAGGAGAAGGCAGAGGAGUACAAGAAUUACACCGCCGAGAAGGCGAAGGAGGCGAAGGAUUACACAGCCGGAAAGGCGUGGGAAACGAAAGAAGCGGCGAAAGGGAAGGCAGAGGAGGCGAAGGACUACACAGCCGAUAAGGCGUGGGAGACGAAGGAGGCAGCAAAGGGGAAGGCAGAGGAGUACAAGAAUUAUGCGGCGGAAAAAGCCGGGCAGGCAAAGGAUUCCACGGUGGAGAAGGCGAGGGAGGCGAAGGACUACACUGCCGAGAAGGCUAAGGAGGCGGCGGAUAAGGCGGUUGAGACGAAGGACUACACGGUGGAGAAGACCAAAGAAGGGACGGAGACAGCCGGAAGCAAGCUAGGGGAUGUGGCGAGGGCGGCCAUGGAUUUCUUGUCCGGCAAGAAAGAGGAAGUUAAGGGGAAGGCGGAAGAAACCGCAGAAAUGACCAAGGAGAAAAUGAGGGAGACCGAGGAGGAGACGAGGCGGAAAGUGGAGGAGCUGAAGCUUCAGGAUGAAGCUGAGAAGGCCGAUUAUGAACACAGGAAGGAGGAAGCUGAGAGGGGGAGGGCGGCGAGGGAUACUAUUUACGGCGCGGUGGGGCUCGGAAACAUGUCGGACUCGAUCAUGAGCAAGCUGAGUCGGCCGGGGACCGUGGCGGUGGAGGAGAUUGACGUGAAGAUGGAGGAAACUCGGCCGGGAGCGGUGGCGGCGGCUCUGAAAGCGGCGGAUCAAAUGGCCGGUCAAACUUUCAACGACGUUGGGCGGAUAGGUGACGAGGGCGUUGUCCGCGUGGAGGUCAAACGCGAGGAGAAGUGAAGAGCGAGCCCAUGAAGCAUCUGACUAAUGGGCCGGCCUAAUCCCCUGCCUCCUUUUGUCUGUGAUAUUCCCUGUUAAAUAAACCUCUUCAGAUGGGGCCUUAUGUUGAUUUGAUUGGGUUUUGCUUUGUCUGUCAAUGGCCUUGAGUGGGCGGGCUUUGUAUUCUACAUACAAACACAUCUGCAGUUUUGGCCCGUGUUUACGAUUGGCUAUGUUUCAAGGAGUUUGUUUGUUUGUUUGUUUGUACGGUCAUUUUCUACGUUGGAGACGUGGACCGAACGCGACGUAGCUCUGACGUGAACCCUACAUGCAGACGAGACGAGACGAGACGAGAACCGCCCAUAUAUUUUCAUGACAUAAAUAAUAGUGUCGUCGAAUAUUAUGGGGAACCUCAAUAAUUCGGCCCAAUAUGGUUGGCACGCAGCGUGCGUUAUCCUCUCUUUCUUGUUCCAUGCCGGCGUCGUACGGGCCGAUUUAGGGUUGGUUGAUGCCUGCAGAACUCGUCGGCCGUCUUUGGACGCCGUUGAUGAGGGAGGCAUUAUUAUGCGCAGGGGGUCUGGACCAGAACAGGGUAGAUAUAUCCAUUCUUGCAUGUGCUGGUGAGAUACAAUACAAUGAAAGUGACUGUUAUCGUGUUAAUAUGCUUGCAUCGAUCACUCGAUCUUAUCCGACUUGUCGUGAUCAUUCGACUCGAUCUUACAUAAAAACGCUUUAUAUUUGUGGUUCGCAUACUGCCAUCAUCGCAUUUUGGGCUACCGAAUUAGUGUAUCGGGGCUACCUAUGGUCUCAGGGCGCACCAUAAAUUUGAUUAAAUUCACAUAUUUGGUCCAACACAUGAUAAGAAAGCCCAGCUGCGAAACGGUGGUAAGGGGAUCGCCUAUUUUAAAUGGAAUUGAAGUCUCACAAAAGUGUAUAUAUUUGAAUGGAUCGUUCGUAAUGUACAAAAUGAAAAAGAUCCAUCGGUGACUAGCUACCGUCACAUGUACAACAACAAAUAGUGAAGCGGUUUGGACUUUACAGUUUACAUCAAUGCUCAUAGAAGAGAAAUUUGAAGGGGAAAGAGAUCGAUCGGUGACUAGCUAGAUAGGUCUUUGCCUUUAUAUACCAGCAUUCGUAAUUGUUUUGUACGUACCUUACCUAAUACCGUUUAACAAAGAUGUUACGAUAUUAAAGACUUUUGUAACUGUCAAUUCUUAUUUUAUGUAAUAUGAUGUUGUAUGACCAUUACGUAAUGUAUAUAGAUAUUAUAUAAGAUAAAAAGAAAUGAAAUGACAUAAAACUCACCCAAACACUUCUCCAACAACACAAGUUAUUGAAACAAAAUUGUUUGUUCGUUGACAUUAUACCAGACCCUUAAAUUGAGAGGUCACAGUAUCAAAUUCCUUAAGACGGCCCCUAAUAUACACAAUGAUUUAGCCCCAAGGAUGAUGUUCAACAUGUGCAAACUAAAAGCUCGAAAAUAGGCCUUCAUUUGGGGAGGCAUUGUAAUCAGGGCCGGAUACAUGGAGUUUUAGGGAUGUCCCAGGACACCCCUAAAAUUUGGGAAAACGAUUAUUCAACCUUUGAUAGUAGAUUGUGUAUUGGGUGCAAAAAGUAUUUAAGUGGUAACGGGAUACCCCUUAAAUUUGGAAAAACGAUUAUCCACCCCGUGUAGUACUUUGCAAUUGGAUAAAUAAAAAUAUUUAAGUUGU